UUCUCCACUUAAGGCUGCGAACGCCACACACCGACGCCCUGGGUUUGAAUCUUUACGCAUUUUCUUACACUGGAAACUCCCUUCUUCCCAUUUUAGGUUUUUCUUUGUGCGAAUUACCAGUUUCCUCCCCUAUUAUGUACGCAAUUUCACUAGGUUUAUAACUCCCACCAUCAUGAAACGUUUGUACUGCCUCCUGCUUCAGUGGUCUUUAACUGAACCGUUGGGUUUGUCUAGAAAUGAAGCCGCAUUGGUUGAGUUGAACAAAGAAUUUAGUCAGUCUGGAAGCCGUAAAAGUUUCCGGGAUUUAUGUGAUCUGGCAGAUUUUUUGUUCAAAGAACUUGAUCGGAGAUUUAAGCGAGUUUUCUAUGACUUGAGAACUAUUUCUUUCAGCAUUUCUCCUGAACAUGCUCGUAAAGAUAAUGAUUUGUGGAACUCCAUUAAAGAGUUUAUGUUGCUCUUGAGAAGUUGUUUGGUUAUCUUGACUCUGGUUGCUUUCGAACAAAAUGUUGUACACGAAAAGGUCGGUGUUCUUCUUUCAGUACUCAGGAAAUUGCUGUAUUUGAUUACAAGUGGAAAGGAGGAGAAAGAGUCUAUCAGCUUGGAGAAGUAUUUUUUACAUGAAUGCAGAAUCACUGAACCUGAUUGUACUACCUUUAUCUCUGAGGAUUUUGUUGCUUCCUUGUGUAUUUUAGAACCUUCUGAUCCAUGCCAUCCAUUCAUAUGUGCAGUCCUUGAGGUAUUUGUGGAUGAGCUUCUAAUGCAUGGAUCAUUGAGGGAAUACUUUAUGCUGGUGGAUUCUACAUCUUCUACUACUAAAAUGGUAUUUAUGCACAACUUAGUACAUGGUGGAAUUGGGACAGUGCUGGAGGUGAUUUCUGCUCAUUUCAUCCUGUCAGUUUCUGAUGAGCAGGCAUUUCAUAAUUUCCUCAAUAGACUAUAUUGGGCACAGUAUGAGGAUUUAAGAGUUCCUGAAUUAAGCCUGACCACGGCCUUAUCAUUACUUCUAAAUCCCGUCAUUCUCUCUGCACCAAAAUUGUUCCAGGCUCAUUUUAUUUCACUGGUUUCUGAAGUCGUUGGCAUCGCUGUUUUCGUGAAAUCCCCAAACCCAGAUCAUAGGCUUAUGGAUCGGUUCCUUGUAGCAUUUGAAAGGGCAAUCUUGAUGUAUAAUAGACGUAUGUCUAAUUCGUAUCUGAAAGAUGCCCCGUUGAAUUCCAAUGGCUGUUUUUCCAACUCAAGUGUGCCUUGGAGUAGUGGUCAGCAACCUUUUGAAUCUUAUAUUCAACAGGUUAGGAGAGAAAAGGUUGACAAUCUUAUUUCCAAGUAUGAAAACACUUGUUUAUUUUUGAGGGAAAAAUCAGAGCUCCUAACCUUAGCGAGUUCAUAUGUGGAGGAGAACCAACAUAUUUUUGAUGAACAACAUAAAGAUGAUUUUUUAUCAAUCCUACAUUGUAUAGUUCUUGGGGCUUCUCAGGUUGAUGUUGACACUAAAAUUUACAAGACUGGGUACGCAAGUCACCAUGAUAUUUUUCUUCUUGCUUCUAUAUUGAAGUUGAUGAGUUCAUCAUUGUUGCCUGCUGUUUGGUGUCUAAGGCACCAUGGAAACUCUGGUGGCCUUAAAACCUUACGAGAUGUUUCAUCAAGUACAGAGUAUGGUUUUAUCUUGAGUAUCAUUAGCUGUUUUGAGGAAUUUGAUGUUUCCUUACCAAAUCAGAAUCUUAUAUCUAAAGUGAUGAAAUCUCAUCCAGAGAGGCAUAAGAAUUCCAAGUGGAUGUUCCUGCAUUUUACCGGACUACUGGCAUUAAGCUUUUCUAGAGGGUUCGACUUCUUAGUGAAAGAUUGUGUACUUGCAAUUAUGACAACAUUGAAUCUGUUUGUUUUUGAAGAGGGAGAUUUAGAUGCAUUAUCAUUAUUAGGUGGCUCUGAGAACGCUAAAGAGGGUUUGAUAGACCUAAAAUCUAGUGAAACAGUUGCAGUGGAGUUUCAAAAGAUUCAGACAUUUCAAAUGAGAACGGAUUCUCUCAAAAGCUGCCAUCGAAGAAUGCAUGAUGAUUUGGGACUAUCCAUGGAAACUGCUCCCAUCCAUAAUAAUACUUGUGGAAAGGAGUGUGAUAUUGGCAUAGAGGAAGCGGAAGAAACUUGCAGCGGGGAGAUAUUUCUCAAGUGUUUGCUAGCAGACCCCAAAGGCUCUUCAUCUUAUGGUGAUAUAACAGACUUUGUGGAGUGCAAACGUGGGAAAAAUUAUAUGCAGUGGAUGAAGAAUAGACAAAGAUAUCGAAAAUGGAAAUCACAGAAAUUGGCCGUAUUAAGAUGGAAGAAAAAGAAAAGGAUUUGGAAAUGUAUGAAAACAAAAAAUAGCUGAUUCUCUGUACAUAGCUUUCUGGGUAUAGUUUUCUUGACAAAAACUCAAUUUUCCAAACUGCACGAUGUUCCAUAAUCAGUAAAAAGGUGCUUCCAUCUCUGAGCGUUGGGGGCAACUUUAAUUAAUCCUGGAAUUUGGGCCUCAGAUCAGGGUCUUUGAUAAAGAAUUCAUCUGGUUGUAGAUGGUGCUUGAGGGAGGUAGAAGAUAUUGAACUUGUUUCUCCAUUGCUCUUUGAUCUUCCUCGGAGAAUAAAUGAUUGGCUCUUAGAAUAGAGUUCUUGGUGGGCGUCUCUACAUUCUAAAUUCUUCUGUAACUCUACAGUCUCCUGAUGAUUGUCGGCCAUUGGAAAGGGCUUGUCAAAUAGUUUUCUUCUUCUUCUGGGGUUUACUCUUGUUGAUCCAUAUGCUGUCCUUAUGUUCUCUUCAUUUGUAUAUAUCUCAUUAUUUUAUUGAUUUUCCUUCUAAACUUGCCAACUUGUAUAAAAUUUUGCUCAAUUUUUACCUUAAAUUUUUGUUUU